UGCUUUCCUCCGCGCUUUGAUUCAGCUCGACCGACCUGCGACUCUCCCUCAGCAUUUUUAUCGACUCCCUCCGUCAACUUGUUCUCUCUACUAGGGCCUGCAUACCCGGUAUAUUUUUAUCCACUUGUCUCGAGUCAAAUUAAUCGUGCAUUUUCCUGGUUGAUCGGACCUUCAAUCGGUCUACUACCUUCCAUCAUGGCUGCCGGAAAGGCUGCCGCCGACUUCAAUGCGAUCAUCCAAGCUGAUCGCAAAAGAAAGCAGAACGAAAACCUUGCAAACCAGCUACUCGGUAAGAACCGAGUAACAAAUGGGGGCGCCGCAAAGGGCGCAAAGAAGGCACAGGAUGCGAAGCCAGGCAGCCUCGCCAGUCGCAUCGGUGUAGCCAAGCGCCCGACGUCUUCGCCCGCGAAUCCUAGAACAAACCCCAAGCCUGUCAUUCAUCAGGCCCGCCCCAAGGCGCGUCAGACCGAUCGACCUGGCGCAAAGCAGCGCCGUCCCGACGAGCAACGCCUGCUCUCUGCACUCCUUCCAGACAGCGGACAAGCAACCGUACGAGGCAGUAAGGUGGGGAUGACCAUCAAGGGCGCUGGCUCAGGACCUUCCGUGGUAGUCGGCAGCAACUUUGCACCGGGCACCACCGCAGCCGACAUUCAAGCGGCUCUUGAGCCCGUGGCCGGCCCAGUCCUCAGCUGCUGGGUGAUAACGCAGCACCCCGCAGUGUCGGCAGAGAUCACCUUUGCCGAGAGACAGGGCGCGGACAGCGCGAUUGCCAACUUUCACAACCAGAGGAACCCACAGAGCCCCUUCAACAACCUCCGGGAGCAAGCGGAUCGAGACCGCCGCUCGCACCGCUCCGGUGACACGACGAUUCAAGACGGAAACUACGGGUUCACCGAGCAGAACCAAGCAGUCGAACCACACAGACCGUGGGGCAACAACCGCAGAUGGAAUAACAGGGGCUAUCGUAACGGGCCCCGGAACGGCGGAGCCUCGAACCAGGACACGCAAGAGACAGGUCUCUACAGUGACCAGAUGAUGACGCAGACUCUCGUCCUGUCCGCACGAAGAUGUCAAUCCUCAUUCGACAACAACCGCCAAUGGUCGACCCCUCUUGCCCAGACCCUGGCUAACGCCAUGAAGGUCACGGGCCCCAUCCCCAUCGCGGCGUUCAUGCGCCAAGUCCUUACCUCCCCGGAAGGAGGAUACUACACUACCCGGCCCGCGGGUGAGGGCGAGGUCUUCGGAAAGAAAGGCGACUUCGUGACCUCGCCGGAGAUCUCGCAGGUGUUCGGCGAGCUGGUCGGGAUCUGGACGAUUACCGAGUGGAUCGCGCAGGGACGGACAAGAAGUGGGGUGCAGCUCAUGGAGGUUGGGCCGGGGAAGGGGACGUUGAUGGAUGAUAUGCUGAGGACAUUCCGCAACUUCAGAAGCUUUGCGUCGAGCAUCGAGGCGAUAUAUCUGGUCGAGGCGAGUUCGACGUUGAGAGAGGUUCAGAAGCGGCUGCUCUGCGGCGAGGAUGCGGCGAUGGAGGAAACGGAUAUUGGCCACCGGAGUGUGUGCAAGUAUUUUGACGUGCCGGUUAUCUGGGUGGAGGAUAUUCGGUUGCUGCCGCAUGAGGAGAGUAAAACGCCCUUCAUAUUCGCACACGAGUUCUUCGACGCGUUACCCAUCCAUGCCUUUGAGUCCGUGCCCCCGGCACUGGAGAACGAGCCGAAGGACGAGGUCAUGACGCCCACGGGACCCGCGAAGCUCCGGAAACCAUUGAAGGCCGCGAAUGUGCCGCAAUGGCGAGAGCUGUUGGUGACGCUCAACCCCAAGGCUGUGGAGGAGAACAUCGAGGGAGAACCGGAGUUCAAACUGACGCUGGCCAAGGCGUCCACGCCAUCGUCCUUGGUCAUCCCUGAAAUUUCGGAACGGUAUCGCGCUCUGAAGUCUCAGCCGGGCUCCACGAUUGAGGUCAGUCCGGAGAGUCGGAUCUAUGCGUCUGACUUCGCAAGGCGGAUCGGCGGGGCGUCAGAACCGCCUCGUACGGCCACGAAGAAGGGUGCUACUACUGCUACUGGUGGGGAAACGCCGGCUGCGGCGAAGCGUGUGCCUUCCGGUGCAGCGCUGAUCAUGGACUAUGGGACUCUUGCUACGGUGCCCAUCAACUCGCUUCGUGGAAUCCAGCACCAUCAAACUGUGCCGGCACUUUCGGCGCCGGGACAGGUGGAUGUUAGUGCCGACGUGGACUUUACUGCGUUGGCUGAGGCGGCCAUCGAGGCCAGCGAAGGCGUUGAGGUUCAUGGACCGGUGGAGCAGGGUGAUUUCCUGCAUGCCAUGGGGAUCGCGGAGCGGAUGCAGCAGCUGCUCAAGGGCGUGACGGAUGAGUCAAAGCGGAAGACGUUAGAGACUGGCUGGAAGAGACUGGUUGAGAAAGGCGGCGGUGGGAUGGGCAAGAUCUACAAGGUCAUGGCCAUCGUUCCGGAGAAUAAUGGUAAGCGUCGUCCAGUUGGGUUCGGGGGAAAUAUCAUGGCAUGAGCCAUUGUAUACUAGAAGAUAAAAAAAAGUGUAUAUUAGUUUCACCGUACACUG